AUGGGGAUUAUAUGGGUCGAGUUCUGUUUGAAAUCUGCUCAUGGUCUGCAGCAUUCAACUUCACUUUGGAAACGUCAAUGGUAUGCUGUUGGGUGGAUUGAUCCGAACAGCAAAUAUUGUACCAAAGUUGUUGAUUCUGGAAAGGCCAAUCCUGUUUGGAAAACCAAUUUUGCAGUUCCUGUUGAUGACUCAAUGCCGAAUGUCCAAGACUUGGCACUAAACGUGGAAGUUUACUGUAUAGACCCCAUAUUCAAGGAAAAACUUCAUGGCUCAGCAUCGAUUGGUCUGAAGAGGUUUCUUUUCAAGCAAGUGAAGAAUAAUGAGGCGUCAAUGCCAAAGCAAGAGGGGGUUCGGAGCUACCAAUUGCGAAAGAAGAAAUCCAACAAACCAAGAGGUUUUAUUGAUAUUCUGAUUCAUAUUUCGGAUGGUGAGAAAAAACUAAACUCUCAUCCAGUAGGUAGCAAGGAAAGAACAGUGCUCUUGGAUUAUGACAACAAUACCCAGUGGACUGCAGAGGAAGGAUUAUGUCAAGCUUACCCACAGAAGCAGCCUCAAGAUUCAAUCCAUCAGCCAGAAAAUUAUGAACACACAAACGUGUUCGUGCCAGACUCCUAUUCAGUGCCGUUCGCCGCUACAAACUAUUCUGAUCAAUAUGAGGGUGAACCAAGCUACCAUACAGCAGCUGGACCAAGCUAUCAUUCAGCAGCUGGGCCAAGCUACUGUACAGCAGCAGCUGGACCAAGUUAUCAACCACAUAGAACUAGAACUCCUCCACCAUCCCCACCCUCUAACAUUGGUUAUAUUCCCACUUUUCUCUCAAGAAAUGAUGGCUUGCAUACAAGCUUCACAGACAUACCACAAUUCAUGGAAGAACCCGGUCAAACGGUGCCUCCAGGUGCUGUACUGGAAAUAAGUGCCGAGGCAUUAGCAGCUGGUGCUGCAAUUUUUGGUGAUGACUUCUUGUCAGGAUUUGAUGUCCUGCAGUCCUAG